AUGGAGGCGAAACUCACGAUCCUCGCAUUUGCUGCGACGAACAUGGCGUUCGACAUUGCAAUAUUCCUCGUCCCGAUCACGGAAUACUUUAGGAAAGAUCUCAGACGGAAACAGGUGCUUGCCAUGACUGGAUUGUUCGCCCUCGGUUCGAUUGUCGUACUCAUGGCUAUCCUCCGCCUUUGGAGCACCUUCAAAAACAGUCAAAGCAUGACCCAAAGUUUCGAUUUCACAUGGUGGUACCCCGAAGUCCUAAUCAUCUCUUGCCUCGAAAUCGACUUCGCGAUAAUGUGUGCGUCCAUGCCUAUAUUCUGGCCCACCGUCAUGGCUUCCUGGACCCAAAUCUUUGUCACCAACGAGGUCCGCGUUACGCACCACGAACGUCUGCCCAACGAUAGUCGCGAUAACUUCGAGUUGGUCAGGAACACGUCGUUGAAGAGCACAGGGAGUGCGGAAGAAUUGGCAAGGGUUACGAGCGAAGAGCAGGACACGGUGUAUGGUGGAUUUGACCCGGAGACGGGCAAGGAUGUCCGGACAUUUUUCUACGUCGGGGGUGGCUACAGUGAAGAUGGCAAGGGUGGUCAUAUAUUCAAGGACCAAAUGUAUGUCGAAAAGUUAACGCCAGUAUCCUCCGAACAACAUGAUACGGAUCCUGUUGUUCUUAUCCACGGACAAGCGCAGACGGGCACAAACUUUCUCGUGAAGCCAGACGGAGGGAUAUCAUGGAGUUCAAGAUUCCUUGAGGCUGGCCAUACCGUCUAUAUCGUGGAUCAAACCUUCCGCGGCCGCUCCGCCUGGGCACCAGUGACUGGUGCUGAUGCGCCGUCGACCUAUUCUGCUGAGCUUAUCCAAGAACGCUUCACUGCUCCACAGCAAUAUCGUCUCUGGCCCCAAUCUACCCUUCACACUCAAUGGCCAGGAACAGGCAUCAUGGGCGAUCCUACUUUCGACGCUUUCUAUUCCUCCAACGUCCAGUUCAUAUCGAAUGCUACCUAUCAACAGAGCACCAUGCAAGCAGCAGGAGCACAGCUUUUGGACUCGAUCGGUACUCCCGCGUGGUUGCUUGGCCACAGCCAAGGAGGUCUUCUGCCGUUGCUCAUCGCUGAUGCACGGCCUCAUCUCACGAAGGGCCUCCUCUUGGUGGAGCCGACUGGUCCGCCGUUCCAGGAAGCAGUCUUUGGAUCUGCAGCAGCGAGACAAUGGGGCUUGACAGACAUACCGAUGAAUUAUUCGCCUCCGGUCACUGACCCCGCGAUCGACUUAGUGCAACAAGUUUAUCAGCCUACCAACCUGACAAGUAACAAUGCUACUGUUCCUUGCGUGUUGCAAGCAGCCGAGCCAGCUCCGAGACGACUUCCCAAUCUGGCCCCUGUGCCCAUUCUUACCGUUACGUCAGAAGCUAGCUACCACGCGCCGUACGACUACUGCACUGUCAACUUUCUCAAGCAAUCUGGCUGUUCUAAGGCUGAACAUCUUGAGCUUGGAAAAGUCGGCAUCCAUGGCAAUGGGCAUAUGAUGUUUAUGGAGAAGAACAGUGAUGAGAUAUGGAAACGUAUCCAUGAUUGGAUGGUGGCUGCUAAGUAA